AUGGAGGAGACAGACCCAGACGCAGACAGUUCCAAUCCUGGGCGAUCGGGAGCCUGGGUGUGUGAGCUCAGCAGUUGUGGCUCGCAGGUCCACUUGCCUCGUGGCACGUGGAAUCUUCCUGGACCAAGGAUCAAACCCGUGUCUCCUGCAUUGGCAGCCAUGCCUUCUAGUCAUCUGAACGGUGAAGGGCCUUCAACUAGUCCACUCUUCACAUCUCAGCAAAUGGGAGAGAAGAUGGUUCUGAGCUUCAUGGAGAGUGGAGUGGGAGUGGAUACAGUUUUUUCAAGCCCAUCAGUCAUCCACUUCUCCUUCCUCUGGUGA